CUCCAUGUUCUGAAAAAUUCAACUUGACGGUCACAGACGUUGAAUCUGGUAGAAUCAACAUUUCUUGGACAUCUCUGACAACCGAUCCACACACCAACGUUUCUGAUGACCCUACGUAUUUGGURUUUUACAACUCUACUGCAAAAGGCGUCAAUAAUUUUACUAUGGUAACCAACUGGACAUCAGCUGUGAUUGACUAUCUUUCUUUCAACGCAUUGUAUUCGAUUGAAGUUGUAGCCUUUUUCUAUGGGUCUAACAGCAUCGAACGAGCCUGUCCUGUACAAGUAAAAACAAACGAACUGAGAGUACGUCUUGUUGGAGGAGAAGCACCGAACGAGGGACGCGUAGAAGUCUACUACAACGGAAGAUGGGGUACCGUAUGCAAUGAGUAUUGGGACAUGAACGAUGCUAAUGUGGUGUGUCGAUCACUGGGUCUACCCAAUGCGAGUUACAGUUUUUCUAACGCCUACCAGUUUGGAAGUGGGUACAAAAGUUCAUGGAUGACACGAUUACAGUGUUCAGGGAGAGAGACUAGUCUAGCAAACUGUAACCAUGCAGGAUGGGGAAACACAUACUCUUGGUGCAGUUCCCAUUACUACCAUGCUGCAGUGGUAUGCGGACAUCCAACAGUCAAGGAGAAAGGAAUAAAUGACUUGACAGGAGUGAUCGUAAGUCCAGGUUACCCACAGUACAUGAGACAGGUGCACUACCAGUGGACGAUUCGAUCUAUCCUCGCCAAUGCACAAGUGGUUGUGUACUUUGACAACAUUGAUUUAAGACGAUAUUAUGGCGG